GAGCCGGGAUUCGUCGGGAUCCGGUUCUGCCAGGAAUGUAACAACAUGUUGUACCCCAAGGAGGACAAGGAGAACCGGAUCCUUCUCUACGCCUGCCGGAACUGCGAUUACCAGCAGGAGGCCGACAACAGCUGCAUCUACGUCAACAAGAUCACGCACGAAGUGGAUGAACUCACCCAGAUCAUCGCUGACGUGUCCCAGGACCCGACGCUGCCCCGCACCGAGGACCACCCGUGUCAGAAGUGAGACCCCCCUGAUGUCCCCCCAAUGUCCCCCC